AUGGACGGCGGCGGCACGCACCGCACGCCGGAAGACGUGUUCCGGGACUUCCGCGCGCGGCGGGCUGGCAUGAUCAAAGCGCUCACCACCGACGUGGAGAAGUUCUAUCAGCAGUGUGACCCAGAGAAAGAGAAUCUGUGUUUGUAUGGUCUUCCCAAUGAAACAUGGGAAGUGAACUUGCCUGCAGAGGAGGUUCCUCCUGAACUUCCAGAGCCAGCUCUGGGAAUUAAUUUUGCUCGCGACGGGAUGGAUGAGAAAGAUUGGCUGUCACUAGUUGCGGUGCACAGUGAUGCUUGGUUGCUGGCUGUGGCCUUUUACUUCGGUGCAAGAUUUGGGUUUGACAAAGAUUCCAGGAAGCGGCUUUUUGUCAUGAUUAAUAACCUCCCUACCAUAUAUGAAGUUGUCACGGGAACUGCCAAGAAGCAAACCAAGGAGAAAACUCCCAAAAGCAGCAGCAAGAGCAAUAAAUCUGGCUCAAAACCAUCACGCCAGCCAGAACCCAACUCAAGGGGUUCCAAGAUGCCACCUCCAAAGGAUGAGGAUGACAGUGGCGGCGAGGAAGAGGAGGAAGAGGAAGAUCAUGAGAACACAUUGUGUGGUUCUUGUGGUGACAACUACGGACAGGAUGAGUUCUGGAUAUGCUGUGAUGCCUGCGAGACUUGGUUCCAUGGCAAGUGUGUCAAGAUCACUCCUGCCAAGGCCGAGCACAUCAAGCACUACAAGUGUCCGAACUGCAGCGGUAGUAGCAAGAGAGCGCGGGCAUGA